UACUGGAACAACAGAAAACUGAAGUGAGUGAAAAGACAAACAGCUUGAAGAAGGAGAGACUUCUAAGUGAGAGAAACACACAGCUAAUGGAAAGAGACAAGCAGGUUGAGGAGAAAGACAGACUUCUAGAGGAGAGAAACAAGCAGCUGCAGGAGAGAACAGAUCCAGACUCAGCAGCUCCAGCCAGGAAGAGAAACAGCAAAGACAUUAGACCUCCAGACUUCAGUGGAGAGACUCCAGACUCAGCAGCACCACUCAGGAGAAGAAACAGUAAAGAAGGACUUCCUCCAGAUAUGAGUGGAGAAUCCUCUACUGAAGCCUCUCCAGAGUCAGUUCCUGUAGCAGAGCUCAGGCUGGUGCUGCUGGGAAGGACUGGAUGUGGGAAGAGAGCAGCAGGAAACACCAUCCUGGGCAGAAAGGAGAGGAGCCAGGCUGGAGUGUCUACAGUGAGGCAGCAGAGUGAGAGCAGACAGGGGGAGGUGGCUGGGAGGCAGGUGACUGUGGUGGACACGCCUAACUGGUUCUGUCCUGGACUCUCUCUGGAGGAGCUGAGACAGGACGUGGGACUCUGUGUCCAUCUGUCUGCCCCAGGACCCCACGCCUUCCUCCUAGUCAUACCAGUGAAGCAGUCUACAGGAGAGGAGAGAGGCAUGCUGGAGAAAAUGGAGGAGAUCUUUGGAGAGAGAUGUUGGAGGAACACCAUGAUCCUUUUCACUGUUACUGAUGAAGUCCAAGAGAAGAACAUUGAAGAGUUUAUCCAGUCAGGAAACCAGGAGGUCCAGAGACUUGUAGAGAAAUGUGGGAACAGGUUUCACUGUCUCAGCAUUAAGGAGAGUGGAGAUGGUUCUCAAAUCUCAGAGCUGCUGGAGAAGAUAGAGAAGAUGGUGGAAGGAAACAGAGAGAAAUUCUACAGCAGUGAGAUCUACCUGGAGACAGAAUCUCAGAUCAGAGAGAUAGAGAGAAGAAUUGUUAGAGAAAGAGAGGAGAUGAGAGAGAGACAAGAAAGAGAAACUAGAGAGAAACUGGAGAGAUGUGAACAGGAGACUUUAAUAAAGUUUACAGAAUCAACUGCUGACUAUCAUACAAAGAUAACUCAGCAUGAAGAGCGAAUAACUAAACUAGAGGGAAUGUUAAAAGAGGAAAGAGAUGAGAAGAGAAAGGUAGAGCUGGAGAGAGAGGUGGAGAGAGAGAUUCAGCAGAGGAAUGAGGUUCAGUUGGAGCUGGAGAGACUGAAAGAAGAGACUGAAAAGGAGAGGAGAGAGAUGGAGGAGAGACACAGGCAGGAGAUGGAGGAGAUCAAGGAGACCUAUGAAGGAGAAGCCAGAAUGGAGGCAGAGAGGAACUUCAGGAAGAUCAUCCUGCCUGAACUCCAGCAGAGAAUCUGGGAACUCAUGACAAAGAAACAGAAAGAGUUUGAUUGUAGGAUGGAUGAAAAAGAGAGAGAGAUGGAAACACUGAGACAGAGACUCAGAGAGGGAGUCAGAGAGGGAAUCACAGUAAUAGGAGUUGACCGUCAGGAGGACACUAGAGGACCGUUUAGCAGGUUAACACAGCGGCUGCUUUGGGGAACACUCAGUGAUCCAGUUAUAAUCACUCGGUCAGAUCAGUGAGAGCUCCUGACCGACUACCAGUCAUAGCAGAUGCACUGAAUAAACUGAUAGAGAGAAACCAGGAUGAGUGAAUUUUCCCUGCAGUGUUACUGUAUUUCACUGUACUGUGAUUAUACAGUAUGUUACUGUAUUACUGCAGUGUUACUGUAUCUGGGUUUAUUGUGAUUAUACAGUAUGUUACUGUAUUACUGCAGUGUUACUGUAUCUGGGUUUAUUGUGAUUAUACA